AUGUUCGGGGCAUUCAGACCAUCACAGCCCGUAUUCGGAGGUCUCCUCUGGAAAAUCCCCUACCGCCUCUCCUCCCCCCGAAAAUUCCGCCAAAGAAAACGUCUCCAAGCCGUCGACGCCGUAAUCAACACCCUCUCCAAAGCCCUCGCCUCCACAAACGAAACCUGCCACGCCCUCGAGAAGGUAAAAAAGGAGUUGAUUCCCGAGAGUGAGAUGUUGCCGAGGGAUAAGUACUGGGUGUUCUCGAAGAAGCAUGAGAAUUUCACGAAGGGUGUGCAUAAGGUGCCGAAGUGGACGAGGAUUUCGCAUCCUAGGGAGAGGCCUUAUGGUUUCUAG